AUGGCAACCUGGAACAAACUUUACUACGCCAGAAUGCACGAUCGGCUACCGCGCGAGAUCCGAGAUAUGAUCAAUGCCGAAUUCUGGGAUGAAGACUACUUGAAAGGCUUUGAAGGCUCUGAGGUAGCCAUGAAGGCUAUGGGCGAAUCCGCAGAUACUCACUUGUUGCAGCCUAAUCGCAUCUUGUGUAUCUCACAAGUCGUCUUACCGGAGUAUGUAGGAGCCGAGGCUGCCAAAGAGAAUGUCCAGAUGUGGCACCAGACCGCGGCUAGAAUAUGCCCAAUGCCAAGGACCUGGCUCGUACUCAGCGGCUACAACCUAGGAGGAAAACUCCACACGGUCAUAUGCAAAGAUACGUUCGGGGUGGGCUUAGAUCCCGCCACUGCUCUGCGAUUCCUGAAUAUCGAAGUUGACGACACCUCUCUUGUGCUUGGUCACAAACACUCCGCAUUCGAAGAUGCCGCCUCACGCCAAAACGCGUUCAACCUCCUUCUUCGCAUUAAGAAGAAAUUUGGCUUUAAGCUCAACUUCAUUAUCUACCACGAUUGCAUUCGUCUCAAGAUGUGGCCCGAAAUCCUUGGUCUACUGAGACCUAUCGUUGAAGUGAUCGAACGAGAAGGAGGUCAUGUCACUGUUGAGUCCGAUUACAGUGGCAACAAUACGGAUUGCAUGGAUGAGACAUCGGGUGUGAGAACUGAUAUUGAACACCUGGUCAGAACAUACGAUCCGGCGACCUGGGACCAGAGCAUGAAGCAGGGUCUGAUCGAUUAUUUCGAGGAGGUGAGACGAUUGUAA